AGCGGGGAAGAGCGCGGCUGGUGGCCUGCGUUGCACUCGGAGCUGGGUUCGGAACCCAACCCAAGCCGCCGCCCACGAGGAGGGGAUGCCGGAGAGACGCCGAGGGAACUGGGGAAGAAGCCCGCCGUUUGCCCUAGAGAGAUGGAGCCGCCGCCGCCGCUGCUCCAGCUCAGAGUCCUCCUGAUGCAGCUGCUGUUCGCCUACUCGCUCUUAGUGCUGCUUCCGCCGGCGGUAGCGCCCAUUUGCCCGGAGUCAUGCGACUGCCAGCAGCAGCAGCACGUCCUCUGCACCAAUCGGGGACUACGGUCGGUGCCCAAGACCGCCGAGCCGCAGGACAUCCUCACCUAUAGCCUGGGCGGCAAUUUCAUUGCCAAUGUCUCGGCUUUGGACUUUCACCGCUUGGUGGCGCUGCAGCGCCUAGACUUGCAGUAUAAUCGGAUCCGUUCGCUCCAUCCGAAAGCCUUCGAGCGCCUGGGGCGUCUGGAGGAGCUUUACUUGGGCAAUAACCUCUUGGCUUCCUUGGCGCCGGGCACACUCCGCCCACUGGCUAAACUGCGAGUCCUCUAUAUCAACGCUAACGAGAUCAGUUAUCUAAGCACCGCUUCCUUCGCCGGUCUGAACAAUCUGAUCAAGCUGCGGCUGGACGGCAACUUGCUGGCCUCGCUGAGCGACGCCACCUUUUCAGGACUAACCAACCUGCUGUAUUUGCAUCUGGAGGCCAACCAGAUCCGUUGGCUGAGCCGUAAUGCCUUUGCUGGGCUUGGCAAGCUACGCUUCCUUGACCUGUCUGGCAACCAGCAGAAUUUGCUGCGCCACCCAGAUACCUUCAGGUCUCUGCGCUUGCUUAGCACCCUCCUCCUCUCUGGGAACGACAUGCAACAGCUAGGGAAAGGAUACUUCCAACAUCUCUCCAGCUUGGCCAGGUUGUCACUGGGUGGAAACCGCCUGACGUGGUUGGCAGUGGAGGCUUUUGCUGGCCUGGGGUCCUUGAAAGAGUUGCACUUGGAAGGGAACCUGCUAAGCCAACUGCCUGCCACCUUAUUCCAGCCUCUGCAAAGCUUGGAGGUGUUGGAUCUGAGUAAUAAUCUCCUCACUAGUCUUCCUGCUGGCACCUUUGGUCUCCUAAAUAAGUUGCGAGAGCUCAGUUUGCAGGGAAAUGCCCUGGCCUCCCUUUCCGGAGACCUCUUUACCUCCAACUCAGCAUUGUAUCGCUUGGAAUUGGAUGGGAAUCCCUGGAACUGCGAUUGCCACUUGCAAGGGCUGAAACAGUGGCUGGCAUCCUGGCAUUCCCAGGGCCGGCUUCUGACUGUGUUUGUCCAGUGCCACCAGCCACCUGCCCUGGCUGGGAAAUACCUUGAUUACUUAGAGGAUGUGCAACUCUUUUUGUUUUCUAAUGGCUCUUGUUUGGAAGGGUUAACAUCUGCCAGUCCUGGAGGCAAUGGUAAUUCUAGCUUAGGCUUGGGCCUGGAUAAACAGAGCUCCCCACCUUCUAUUUCAACUGGGUUGCUAAUGGGAUCCCAGAAGAUGGUAUCCGAAAAGGGAAGUUGGAAUGUGCAGACAGAUCCAACCCCCCUGUUGCCCACCUUUCUUAUCAGUACUAGAUCUCCCUCUGUACUUGCUGCCCCCUGGCCUCGGCGAGCAGGAAAACACCACUUGGUAUCUAGUACCCUUCCUCUGGUCACUGAUCCAUGUGAUUUUAACAAAUUGUUUCUGUACAACCUGACAGUGGAUACUGUCACUGAAAGUGCAGUGACAGUGCGCUGGGGGGUCCACCCACACCGCAGCCCUCGCUUGUUAGGGCCUGUGCGCUUCAGAGUCCUUUUUGAUCGCUUUGGUGCUGCCAUCAAGUUCCAGCGCUUUGUUUAUCUCCCUGAAUGGAAUGAGCCGGUAGCCACUCUGCGAGAAUUGCGUCCGGAUACCCCAUAUCUGGUUUGUGUGGAGGGAGUGAUGGGGGGCCGGGUCUGCCCAGUGGCACCACGGGACCAUUGUGCAGGGCUGGUCACUUUGCCUGAAGAAGGCGUGGGGGCAGCAGUUGCUGCGAUGGCUGGGGGGACCCAAAGCUUGGAUCAGCAGCUCCUCACCCUUGUGCUUCUGGCGGUCAAUGCUCUGCUACUCUUUCUGGCUUUGGCAGCCUGGGCUUCCCGCCUGGUGCGGAAGAAGGUCCUGGGGUGCCGCCGGAGAAAGGCAGCCUCUCCAGUCCAUGUUAGGCAGAUGUAUUCCACCCGUCGGCCCCUCCGGUCCAUGGGGACAGGAAUCUCCACCGACUUUUCUGGCUUCCAGUCCCACCGUACACCGCGUAGUGCUGUUUGUGCCUUGCGUGAGGCUGACCUCAUUGAGUUCCCUUGUGAACGCUUCAUGGAUAGUAGCACUGGAGGGAAUAGCAGUGUCCUACGUGGAGAAGAUAAUUUGUUACAACGGUUUGCAGAUUAGAGACGGGCUCUAAGCUAAUUUUCAAGUCUGCUAUCAUGAAGUGGCCGCUGGCAUUAUGAUUUAGUGAAGUCUAUGGGAAUGCAGCUUCUGCAAAGGUGCCCCCCCCCCCCCGAUAUGGGAAAAUUACAACUCCCAGCAACCUUAGUUAGCAUGAUAAAUGGUGAAGGAUGCAGGGAAUUAUAGUUCAGUAACAACUAAACUGCCCACUGUUUCUGAUCUUCCUAUCCUAUCUUUAGGCCUGCAAAAAUAUGUAUAUAUAAAGAUGGCUGAUUAAAAAUGGUGUAACAGCUGGACUAGGAUAUACUAAAAAUGAAUAAAAACAGCAAAAAUGGCUUUCUUGAAUUUAUUGCUGGCCAUUUUAGAUGAUUUGUAGUCUUCUCUUCUUUGGGAUAAAAUCUAUGAUUCUCUAAAAACCAAUUAGAAUGGGAAUCUACUACACUUUUAAAUUUCCAUAGUUGUGGCUAAAUGGGCAUUGAUCUCUAUUUGUGAAUUAAGUAGAUCCUAACAGGAAAACAAAUUUUAGUUGUCUUAUCACCAGUUGCCAGAUGGAUACAAGAAUCUCUAACAAUUCCUAACUUGUUGAUGUAACUCUGUAGCUCUCAGUAUUAUUCUUGGCUAAGAAAUAAAGUAAAAUAACUGGAAUCAAACAAGAAAAGAUACAGAAAGUUUUAUACAAAUGUUUGAAGCUGUACAAAUUUGGGGGCAUUUCAGGUUAUGUCAGAUUCCGGCAUUUGCAUCAUUUGUUUAAAACUGAUAUAAACAAGAUCAAGCCAGAGGAUUUUAUUUUUAGUGUCACUUGCCAAUAUAUAGAUCUGCAAAAAUCUGUACAACUAUAAGAUGGCAGUGAAGAGAUAUAGAGAUGUAGCUCUUUGCUGUCAUUUCACAGUUAUCAUUUAUGGAGACCAGAUGUAAUAGCAGUAGCUGCUGGUGCAAAAAAGAUGGUGCAAAAAAGUAUUUUCUAGUUGAAUACCUCCUGGACAGUAUAGAUAUCAUUUUCUUCAGAGAAAACUCUAUGGUUGGAGUCUUCUUCAUGCUAGUUCUGAUUAGGCUUUGCAAACAUUUGAGAGAAACAGGAGAGCGAUCAGUUUAAUUAUUAUUGCUUCUAAAUAAAACACUAUUCAGAGCAGAGGCUGUUAAGUGUUACUCCCUUGAUGGAUAGCUCAGACUCUCUUGGGUAUACUCAAAGUACAAUUCAACUUUUGGUAGAUGUCUGUUAUGUUGGCAGUUAGCAUCAAUGAUAUUUCCUCAGCUGAUGUCGUUCUUAUCUAGAAUAUGUAUUUAGGAUGAGGCAGAUUUGCUUCUUGCUUGUCAAAAAAUGUGAACCCCAAUUACUACUAUGAUGCAGGGAAUUCUUGAAUUUGUGUAUUAGACACUGAUUUUUAAUUCUCAUUAGCUUUUCCAAAUUAUAGUUUUUGAUUAAAAAUAUUUUUUCUAGAAGGGCUUUGAAAACAUGUUUAACUUGUGAGCUAAGAAUGGUGCUUUUUCUUCUUUUUUUACUGACCAGGGCUUUCUUUUAUUAAAUGAAUGUAAGAAGUUUUAGUGUAUGUUUAUAUAACAUGUUAAAAUAAAUAAAUAAAAAAGAUGAAGAAAGGAAGGAAUGAAGGAGGGAAUGUUGAUUUUGCAAAAUUCAUUGCUAGGGAGAAGAAUCCUAAUUCCAAUUUGUUAUAAUUUGUUUAGAAUUAUUUUUUA